CGCGAUAAUUCAAUUUGCGCUUUUGUUACAACGAUGUUAAUUCCACCAUCUACCACUAUUGAUCAUACUUCUCAAGCGCAACAGUUUCGAACGUCUUUACCUGCCUAUAAAAUGCGCAAACAAAUUAUACAGACAAUUCGUGAUAACCAAGUGACGAUUAUUACCGGUGGAACUGGUUGUGGCAAGACAACUCAGGUACCACAAUUUAUUUUGGAAGAUGCAGCGUCUAGGCAACAGCCAAUUCGUAUUUUUUGCACACAACCGCGUCGUUUACCGGCGGUCGCAGUUGCAAAUCGCGUUGCGAUGGAAAGAAAUGAAAAACUUGGAGCAACCGUUGGUUAUCACAUUCGGCUUGAGCAAAAAACUUCAAAAUCGACGAUUCUAACUUAUUCAACUAGUGGAGUCCUUCUUCGGUUAUUGGCGAAUGAAACAGCUUUUAAAAACAUUUCACAUAUUAUUUUGGAUGAAAUCCACGAACGAGAACAAAAAACUGAUUUUAUACUUAUAACCCUAAGGAAAGCAUUAAAGGAGCGAAAUGACUUGAAGAUUGUUCUAAUGUCUGCCACCUUAGGAGAGAAUCAAGAAUUAUUUAGUACUUAUUUUGGGAAAAUUGCUUUUGGUUUUGUCAAUAUUCCAUCUGAUUUAUUCCGUGUUGACGUUCUACAUCUUCCUGAAAUUUUGGCUUUGACUAGUUAUCAACCUCGUUCAUAUUUUGGGCGCACUCCAAGAAGUUUAAAUGAUAGGAAUUUGGCAGUUUAUAAUAGAAAAUUGUUUGUUUAUCCGCUUCACUCACAAAUUGGGAAUCAAGAUCAACUUAAGAUUUUUGAUCCAGUUCCUCGUAAUUGUCGGAAAGUGAUAUUAAGCACGAAUAUCGCAGAGGCGAGUUUGACAAUAGAUGAUGUUGUAUUUGUGAUCGAUUGUGGAAAAGUCAAAGAAAAAGUUUAUGAUCACUCAUCAAGAAUUAGUGAGUUGAAAGUAGUCUGGAUCGCAAAAUCAAAUGCACAACAACGCACAGGGCGUGCUGGACGAUGCAGAAAUGGUUAUUGCUUUAGGCUAUACACUACCGAUGAUUACGAUCGAAUGAGUACGACUCAAGCACCAGAAAUGCAAAGAAUUGCAAUUCACGAAGUUUGUUUACAUGCAAAAAUGUUUUCUCCCCGAAAUACGACUGUUCACCAUUUCCUGUCAUUAGCACCUGAACCGCCAUUAUCUCAAUCAGUGGAGAAGAGUCUGGAAUUCCUUGAGAUAUUAGGAGCGUUGUUCCAGUCAUCAAGUGUUAACCAUGCGAACUUUGACGGAAGAAAUAAAGUUGAAUCUGAAUUAACUGAUCUUGGAUUUCAUAUUGCACGUCUUCCACUGGAUCCGCAGUUGGCUAGGCUUCUUCUUUUUGGAGUUGCUCUUAAGUGUUUGGAUCCAGUUAUUACUUUAGUUGCCGUUCUUUCCUAUCGGGAUCCAUCGGCACGUGAAAUUUUCGCUGAAAAUCAUUGUUCCGAUCAUUUGGCGCUUAUGCGUGCAUUUUACUUAUAUGACCACCACAAUUACAAGCCAACUUUCUGUCGCGCACAUUUUAUUUCGUUAAGUUCAAUGAGAAUGGUGGCUGGAAUCAGGAAACAAUUGUUCUUCGAGUUGAAACGUUUGAAAUUACUACCUUUGAGUUGUAAGUCAAUAAUGGAUACAAAUCUUAAUCUAUUCAGUCACUGUUGGCCAAUGGUACUUUGUGCUAUUGUUGCUGGUAGCUAUCCUGGUAUUGGCGUUACUCGCGAUACUUGUAAUAUACGAAAGAUACGAACAAAGUACUUUCUCUUUUUAAAAAUUCAUUAUUUUUAUUUGCGUACGGCUUCUGUCGUUCCUCCCUUAUCAGUUUUUCUUUUCGCUGGUCCGUUGCACUUGCAGCAGAGCAUUAUUGAGCGAUUUGAACUUGGUAAAACUUUAAUGAUUGAAUAG